AGAAAGUGGAAGAAAAAAAAAAAAAAUCCUUCCCGUUAUUCUCUCUAUCACUCUCUCUCCUCGCAGAAAUGAAAUCUGCUGCAUCUUCCACCACCUUUCCUCAAAAUGUCCAGCAGCGUUUCUACCGCCUCCACCGGCAACGGUGGCGGUGGUGGAAGCUCCGGUUACUUCCAUAGGAACUUCACUAGUUUCGGCCUCGGCUACGCCAUUGCUAUAGCUCUAGGGUUUCUGGUUUUCCUAUCCACCGUCCUCCUCGCCUCUUACGUCUGCUUCCGCGCCCACUCCCGCACCCGUGCCCGCUCCCGGUCUCCUAAUAAUCCAGAGAGCGCCGACACCUCAAACGCUGACGGCGUCAUCCUUCCUCGUAUUAUCUUCGUCGCCGAAGACGACGACGGCAGUAGAGACGAAGAGAGCGUCGUCGGGCUCGAUCAAACGGUAAUCAAUUCGUAUCCAAAGUUUCCGUUCAGCAAAUCUAGGGAUUGUGGGAGUGGAGAUUCCAUGUGUUCGAUUUGUCUUUGUGACUACAAGGAUGGGGAAAUGCUAAGGAUGAUGCCUGAUUGUCGACAUUUCUUUCAUCUCUAUUGCAUCGAUGCUUGGUUGAGACUCAAUGCUUCUUGCCCUGUUUGUCGCAAUUCACCAUUGCCCACUCCGUUAUCGACACCACUCUCGGAGCUCGUGCCGUUAUCACAGUAUCCAUGGGAUCGGAGGAGGUGAUUCUCUGUUCCCAACCUGCGAUGUUUUGAUCUUCUCGCUUUUCUGUGAAUAUUGAGUUGGUAAAGUUCUUAGGUUGU